AUGGCUAACUACACAUUUAAAAUAGUCACCUCCGAUUGUAGAUUCUGGGAUGUUGAAAGUGAGUCUUGGUCUACAGCAGGAUGCGAGGUCAGUCCUAUAUCAAAUAGCAAAUUCACCAGGUGUUUGUGCAAUCAUUUAACAUCUUUUGCCUCUGGUGUAUUUGUACCUCCUAACCAAAUCAACUUUGAUACCGUCUUUGAUGAUCUUGGUGCUAAACUGCUGGAUAAUAACGCUGUACUAAUAACCAUAUCUUGUAUGAUAUUUGUCUAUCUGGUGGCAAGUGUCUGGGCCAGGAGAAAAGACAAGCAAGAUGUAGAAAAGUGGGGAGUGGCACCAUUGGCUGAUAAUGUAAUUGGGGAUCGAUACUUCUAUCAGUUAAGUGUCCAUACCGGAAUGAGGGGAUCAGCUGGUACUAGAUCUCGAGUUAGUUUUGUUCUAUCUGGUGAUGGAGGGGACACUGGUGUCAGGCAGCUUAUAGAUGAAAAGGGCAAAAAGGUAUUCAACAGAUCAAGUGUCAACCAAUACGUAAUGGGAGUUCCAAAAGGUCUUGGUCCUUUAUCAUACCUGAGAAUCUGGCAUGAUAAUUCUGGGAAGAAGAAGCAUCAAGGCUGGUAUCUUAGUAAAGUCAUUGUGACAGAUCUUCAAACAAACCAAAUAUAUUUCUUUCUGUGCAAUCGAUGGUUGGCUGUAGAGGAAGAUGAUGGUAUGAUCGACAGAAUACUUCCGGUUGCUGGAAAUAGUGACGUUACAAACUUUAACCACCUUUUCUUCUCUCAAACAAAAAAGAAUUUCACUGAUUCACAUUUAUGGAUUUCCGUAUUCUCUCGACCACAGAAAAGCUACUUUACAAGAGUUCAACGCGUUGGUUGUAUUCUAUCAUUAGUAUUUACAACCAUGAUGGCCGAUGCCAUGUUCUAUAAAGUCAGUGACAACAUGGAGAACACAAUGUCGUUCGAAAUC